GGGGACAGCGCAGAGUCCAGGAUCCCGCUGGGUUGCUGGGACUCAGCCGCACUCUGAAGCCAACAGCCACCAUGUUCUGGGGUCUCCUUUCCCUCCUGCUCUUCACUGUGGCCAGCGGGAACCCCAUCGGGGACCAGGAUGAGGAAAUCCAAGUGCAGGAGAAUUUUGAGCCUGAGCGGAUGUUCGGGAAGUGGUAUGACAUUGCCAUCGGCACAACCUGCAAAUGGAUGAAGAACUACAAGGAGAAGUUCAGCAUGGGCACUCUGGUGCUGGGCCCAGGCCCCAGCGCUGAACAGAUCAGCACUGCCAGCACCAGGCUGAGGCAAGGUGACUGCACACGCAUCUCAGGAGAGUACCAGAAAACCAGCAUCCCAGGCAAAUACACCUACUAUAACCCCAAAUGGGAUGUGUCUAUCCAGUCCUAUGUGCUCCGCACCAACUAUGAAGAAUACAGCGUCAUUCUGAUGAAGAAGAAGAGUAGUUUUGGCCCAAGCACCACGCUGAAGCUGUACGGGAGGAGCCCACAGCUGCGGGAGGACCUCAUCAAGGAUUUCCAGCAGCUGGCUUUGGAGAUGGGCAUCCCAGCAGACUCCAUCUUCAUCCUGGCCAACAGAGGUGAAUGCAUUCCCCAGGAGACUGCAACUGCCCCCGAGAGGGCAAGGAGAGCAGUCCUGCCUCCCGAGGAGGGCUCGGCCGCGGGACCCCUGCCCCCGUACAUCGGCAAUAAGGAAGACUCCUGCCGGCUGAGCCAAGACCCCGGGCCCUGCAGCGGGAUGCUCUCUCGCUUCUUCUACAACUCCUCGUCCAUGGCCUGUGAAACCUUCCUCUACGGUGGCUGUCUGGGCAACGGCAACAACUUCUACUCGGAGAAGGAGUGCCUGCAGGCCUGCCGCACCGAGGCUGCCUGCAGGCUGCCCAUGGCGCCCGGCCCCUGCCAGCGCCCCGUGACACGCUGGGCCUUCAGCGCCGCUCAGGGCAAGUGCAUCACCUUCAGCUAUGGGGGCUGCAAGGGCAACGGGAACCAGUUCUACUCGGAGAAGGAGUGCAAGGAAUACUGCGGGGCUCCUCCGCUGGCAGAGGAUGAAGAGUUUCUGCAUCUGUCAAACUGAUGUGAGCAGAGCACGAGUUGUCAGCACCCGGCACCAGGCCGGGGCAGGAGGGUGCUGGCAGCGGUACAGGACAUGCCCCCAAGAAGUAAAUUACUCUAAUGUGA